AUGAUUAGUAAGAGGGAUGACAGGGCAGAUGUCUUGUUUAAAGGGCAACCUUUUCCUCGAUAUCCCACUGGGUUUACCACCAAUAAAAGGGCGGUUAUCCAGAUCCAGCGCUCAGUUGAAAUAGCUGAGUGCUCUGAGUCAUUUCUGACGAGGUAUAUACCGAAGAUUUCAACUAUACCCCUCUUUCAGGGUAUAACUUGGAAUCCUACCUGGAAAGCCACUGCUUCGAAAAUGAAGCCGAUUAAGUUGGGCUCGUCGAAAUCGAACUGUUCUUGUCUGUCGAUCCCUUACCCAAAGAUAAUCCCUUGUUGCUCCUGGAGUUUUGUCCAUUUUCACCAAAGGACCCUUCCCAGGCAGAACCAAUCUCUUAGUGGCUCGCUAACCGGCCAUGGCUAUCCUUUAGUUAGUGCUGGACCGCUUCACCGCUUCCUCAAUUACAUCGAUCCUGGUCUCGGUUCUUACCAACCAAAGACCACUCUUCGAUCUCCCGGUGAGUUGGACGGGAACGAGACAGAGGGGGUUGGAGCAUUUGAAUUGCCCCUUUCUGUUGGAAUAGUUGAAAGUCUUCUUCUUAGGGGAUUUUCUUGUGUUGCAAACUGUCGUUCAAAUAAGGUGCAGAAGGAGGAAAGAGUUGAUAUAGUCAGAGGUAGAUCUCAGUCUCGCAAACCUAUCAGACAAGUUUUUCGCCCCAAGUCGGUUGUUAAUACUGAUAAUUCCAACCAUGAUCAACAACAUGAUCCCAUCGCUGCGGAUUCCGGAAAAGCUCUUCAGGAUCCGCGUGAUACUGGUUUUGAGGGAGGAAAACCAUCGAAUCUAACUGUUAGUGAUUCUACAGCCGCUUGUCAGUCCUUGCCUUUGGUGUCUGAUACUAUUUGCCAAAAUCCUGCUGUUAUGGGCGAUUCAGCCGCUCUUGAUGAAUCCAAGGCUGAAUCGCCUAGGGUUUCAUCUGAUUCUCAAUUGAUUUUACAUGAAUCUUCUAUGGGGGAUAAUGAUCAUCCUGCUAGAGAGGAGUCUGACCAUGGUAAGCAAUUAGUUCCCAUUGCUCAAGACGAGCUAAACGAAGAUCUCGCAGUUAUUGAAGCAACCAAAAACCUGGAUGAUUUUGAAGUUAUUCCUACGGAAUCGACUUUCAUUCGGAAAAGGAAUUAUGGCAUUGGGCGAGGGGUACUUUUUAGUCAUAUCCGUGGACAAGUGAGCAGAGGUAAAGCGAAGAACUCUUUGCAAUCGAAGGAAUUGGAAAGCAAAAUAGGGAGCUUUCUGAAAGAAAGCACUAGUUCUGCCUUUCACUCUGCCAACACUUUCUCAUGUUCGGCCCAAUGA